ACAGAAUUCAUAAAUUACUUCAAACGCAACAUGACGUUGGGCGACAGAGUUAAGUGGUUCUUGGAAGACACAAUUACCAUCGACGACCCCAGAAAACCACGUAGAAAACCAAAAGCUUGCAGAGAGUGUGAAAUAGUUGCGAGCGCUUCUUUUUUAAGUGGAUCAAUAUAUAUCGGACAUCUUACUAGAUUGGGAAAGAUAACGCCAACUUCUGGCAUCACUAUCGCUUCUUUGCUUGGUAUUGCAUCAUUAGCCAUGAUUAUGAGGUCACCUCAAGAUGAAAACCUGAAUAAGUUGGUUGAUAAAUAUGAAAACCAAACAUCAGAUAUUUCAUUAGAUGGCGAUGAAAGAAAAAGAUGAUUUCCACUAAAUUAUCUCUACUUUCUUAUUUUACUUUGAUUUUGUAUAAAAAUCAUCUUUUCCAUUAUUAUAAAAGAAUGGCAACAGAUUUAAAGUAAAUGAAAAAGUUUUAAGAAACUGUUCGUUUUAUUUUCUCUGUCUUUCUUCGCCAACUUGUGCCCCAAAGUUUCAAUUUGUAAAUUUUACAUUUUUACAAAAUUUGACAAACAUGAAGCAGAGUUGAGGUCUAAUCAUAUGUUUCAAUUCUUCUAGAUCUGUUAUAGAAAAAUAAAUAAUUUGAUUCUUACUUUUUAUCUAAAAUUGAUGAUGUUUCGCUCAAUGUUCGAAGAUGAUCCGUUUUUUGGUGAUCCCUUUGCUGACAUGCAUCGUAUGAUGAAUGCAUCUAUGAUGGGGAAUCCAUUGCAUUCAAGAUAUACAGCUGGUGGGAGAAGGCAUACUGAGCCGACUAUGAUGAUGAGUCCCUUCCGUGGAGACAUGUUUGGCAUGAGGAGUAUGUUCCCUAGCAUGGGGAUGGGGAUGGGUAUGGGGAUGGGUGGUAUGGGAAAUAUGAUGAGAAAUAUGGAACUCAUGUCAUCAGACCAGAUCCCGGGUUCAUCUUUCCAAUCGUCAUUCACGUCAAUAAGUUACGGAGGCGGGGAACCGAAAGUUUAUCAAUCUUCUUCAUCUACAAGAGUUGGACCAAACGGGAUUAAAGAAACGCGCAAGACAGAAAGAAAUUCUGAAACUGGUCACCAAAAAAUGGCCAUCGGCCACCAUAUUGGAGAGAGAGGUCACAUUAUUGAGAAAACGCACAACUCAAAGACGGGCGAUAAAGAAGAGUGUCAAGAGUUCAUCAAUUUAGAAGAAGACGAAGCCGAGGAAUUCGACCAAGAUUGGCAGCAACGUUCUCGUUCUUCUGCACCACAUUAUCGGAGUCAUUUAUCAAUUGGACGACACCAACCUUAUAAUUCCCACCAUAGACCUGCAGCUAUUGAAUACCACCAACCACAGGAGCAUACACCACGUUCACAUCGUACACCACGUCAUAGAGAUGACGUUUGAUUGACAGCUGUGAUUUUGGACGCUGAGCAAUUCAUAAUAUAGUGGGGUGGGGGAAGAUGGGACACCUUUAGCACAUAAUAUCUAAAUAUCCUGAUAGUGUUUUAAACAAUUAACAACGGUCUAUAGGAGUUGUGACUAUACGAUUUUAUAAUUCUUUAAAUGUUCUUGGUUUACUACCAAAUUGGACAAUAAAAUAAAAUGUGUCCCGUCUUCCCCCACCCUACUAUACGCUACAGUACACCCACGAUCAGGGGCGUAUUUAGGGAACCAAGAGGGUUCUGGAACCCCCAUUUUUUGGACAAAACUAAGGCAUAAAAUAGCCGUGCUUUAUUGCGACAGAUAUCUGGUUUACAUGCGUUAAGAAAUGGUUUAAAAAUAUAUUGUAGGGUGGGGGAAGAUGGGACAGUUUUAGCACAUAAUAUCUAAAUAUCCUGAUCGUGUUUUGAACAAUUACUAACGGUCAAUGGGAGUGGUGGGCAUAUAGAUUUAUAGUUUCUUGAAUGUUUUUUGUUUACUACCAAACUGGGUGAGAAAAUAAAGGUAAAAGGUGUCCCGUCUCCCCCCACCCUACUGUAUUAUAUACUAUUAUCUUGUUAAUUCCUGCAUACUCCCCCUGUGUUGUGGCUUAUGUUAAGUUUACCCUGUUAUGGAGUAUAAAGCACCCGCUUAAGUGGCCGUUACUGUUAAGACUAAGAUUGUGCAAUGUAUCUUCGUUCGACUUGAACUUUCGCGCAUGUUUAUAUAUUGUCCUGUUCAUUUCUGUGCGGUGUCAUAUAUUACAUGUAUUUUAUUGAACAAUACCACGCAAACCAUAAUGAAGUAUAGUAAACAUACAACGCAAAUCAAAGGCUAAACAACAGUUUUAUUAAUAGUGUUUUUUGUUACUUUUCAUCGAACGCAAUAAACUGCGCGAUUUGGGUG